AUGGUUACCGCGGACAAGCUUCCUUCAUGGGCCAAUCUUCAAGAACAACACAAUUCCGUGGGUAAAUCUUUUGUUCUCAAGGAAGAGUUUAAGAAAGACCCCACUCGAUUUGAAAAAUUUUCGUUUACAUUCUCUAACCCUGCCGACGAGACUGAGAUUUUCUUUGACUUCAGCAAAAAUUUUAUCACUGAAGAUAUAUUGAAGAAUUUACUACAAAUCGCAAGAGAGGCAAAUGUUGAACAACUUCGUGAUGCUAUGUUUAAGGGUGAUAGAAUUAACUUUACAGAAGAUCGAGCAGUUUUACAUGUAGCACUAAGGAAUGUGAGAGAUAACCCUAUAUAUGUGGAUGGAGAAGACGUAAUGCCGGGCGUCCGCAAGGAACUGAAACAUAUGGAGGAGUUCAGUGAUGCAGUACGCAGUGGAGAAUGGAAAGGCUUUACUGGUAAGGCUUUGACUAACAUUGUCAAUAUCGGCAUAGGAGGCUCCGACUUGGGUCCAGUUAUGGUCACUGAAGCGCUCAAAUUUUAUGGAGAUAAAAAACAGACUUUACAUUUUGUCUCCAAUAUCGAUGGAACUCACCUAGCAGAGACUCUUAGUAAAUCUGAUCCAGAAACAACUCUUUUUCUCGUGGCUUCAAAGACCUUUACAACUGCUGAAACAAUAACCAACGCAAAUAGUGCUAAAGAAUGGUUUUUGAGGGAGACCAACAACAGCGGUGACAUCACGAAGCAUUUUGUUGCUCUAUCCACUAAUGAGCCCGAGGUUACCAAGUUUGGUAUCGACUCCAAAAAUAUGUUUGGCUUUGAGAGUUGGGUUGGCGGUAGGUACAGCGUUUGGUCGGUAAUUGGUUUAUCAAUAGCUAUCCACAUCGGUUUCAAGCAAUUUCACGAGUUUCUCCAGGGUGCAAACGCCAUGGAUCAACAUUUUCUUGAGACACCCCUUGAAAAUAAUAUUCCUAUAAUAGGUGGGCUGCUGAGUGUCUGGUACUCAGACUUUUACGGGGCUCAAACUCACUUGGUAUCUCCCUUUGAUCAGUAUCUUCAUCGAUUCCCUGCUUAUCUUCAACAACUUUCCAUGGAGUCUAAUGGUAAGGCAGUUGCCAGAAGCACUAAUAACUUCUUGAAAUAUACCACUGGCCCGAUUCUUUUUGGAGAGCCGGCUACCAAUGCUCAGCACUCUUUCUUUCAGCUGCUUCACCAAGGUACAAAGCUCAUUCCUACAGAUUUUAUUAUGGCAGUAAAGUCUCAUAACCCGAUUGAAAAUAAUAAACAUCAAAAAAUGCUUGCAUCGAAUUUCUUUGCCCAAGCUGAAGCUUUGAUGGUUGGAAAAGAUGAGCUUGAACUUAAAGCUGAGAAGACACCUGAGGCUUUGUUGAAACAUAAAACUUUCCUUGGUAAUCGACCAACAACUUCAAUUCUCGCUGACAAAAUAACGCCCGCAACACUGGGUGCUUUAAUCGUGUACUACGAGCAUUUAACCUUUACUGAGGGUGCCAUCUGGGACAUCAAUUCAUUCGACCAGUGGGGGGUCGAACUUGGAAAAAGUCUAGCAAAAAAAAUUCUAGGUGAGCUGGAUGGCGAAGAAGGAACCCAAGUACAUGAUAGUAGCACAAGCGGCUUAAUUGCUGAAUUCAAAAGAAGGAUGACAAAAAUCUGA